GACAGACAGGGUCCACGGUCCAUUUCGCUUGACUCACACUGCACAGCAGUCAGGGCGGCGCCUGACUAUAAAAUCUCUGCCGCACAUAUUCCCGACCACUGAACAUUCCCAGCCUCUCCUCUGCCGACCACGUCUCAGCCCUGCACGCCUAAACGCAUUUCAGCAAUCAUGCCUUCAGAACUGGAAGGAGCCAUGGAGUCACUCAUCAAGGUGUUCCACCGUUACGCCUCUAAGGACAGCCGGAGUGGCACACUCAACCGGCGAGAGCUCAGAGAGUUGAUGGAGAACGAGCUGUCUACCUUCCUUAAGUCUCAGAAGGACCCUGCUGCUGUAGACAAAAUCAUGAAGGACCUGGACACCAACGGUGAUGGCCAGGUGGACUUUGAGGAGUUUGUGUCACUGAUUGUUGGACUUUCCAUUGCCUGUGAGCAGUGCUAUCAGUUGCACUUGAAGAUGGGAAGGAAGUAAAGACGACAACAGAAGAGCCUAGAAGAAACCAAAAUGCAUUUAAAUAUUUGUAAAGAUGUCUUGUCCAUUAAAUACGCUGAUGAACUUCCAA